CGCACGCACCGCAGGCCGCAGCAUCAUCAUCACUCGCAAUCCGCAGUCCGCACCACCACGCCAACGGAUCGCCCUCGCGAGGCGCAGGCAGCCUCUCGCUCCUCCCACCACUCUCUCUACUACUAGUGCUUUUCCCAAGAAACGCAUGUGACUCGUGGCGAUCCUGAGCUUCUUUGGGCGUCGAAUUCCUGUGGUGCGCGGCCGGCGUGGUGCGUUGCUUGAUGCUGACGGAUAGGUGGGGAGGGAGGAGGGAGGCGAUGGAGUUCGGGAACGGCGGGUCCUCCUCGUCGGAGCGCAGGGCGGCGGCGGAGGGGGCGACGCUGGCGAGACAGGGUUCGGUGUAUUCGCUGACGUUCGACGAGUUCCAGAGCGCGCUCGCUGGUGGCGGCGGCGGCGGCGGUGGUGGAAGCGGGUUCGGGAAGGACUUCGGCUCCAUGAACAUGGACGAGCUGCUCCGGAGCAUCUGGACCGCGGAGGAGAGCCAGGCCAUGGCCUCCGCCUCUGGCUCCGCCGCGGGGGUGGGCGUGGCCGUGGGGGCGCCGCCGACGUCGCUGCAGCGCCAGGGCUCGCUCACCCUGCCCCGCACGCUCAGCGCCAAGACGGUGGACGAGGUAUGGCGCAACCUUGUGCGCGACGAGCCACCGCCGGUGGGGGCGGCGGAUGGCGGCGAUAUGCCACCCCAGCGGCAGUCGACCCUCGGGGAGAUGACCCUGGAGGAGUUCUUGGUCAGAGCCGGCGUGGUCCGAGAAAAUCCACCCGCUGCGCCGCCCCCCGUUCCCCCGCCAAUGCCGCCGCGGCCAGUCCCGGUGGUCCCCAAGACCACUGCCUUCUUGGGAAACUUCCCCGGUGCCAACGAUGCCGGCGCGGCGGCGCUGGGCUUUGCGCCGCUCGGCAUGGGGGAUCCAGCCUUGGGCAAUGGCCUGAUGCCCAGGGCAGUGCCAGUGGGCUUGCCUGGCGCCGCCGUCGCUAUGCAAACAGCGGUGAACCAGUUUGAUUCUGGCGAUAAGGGGAACAGCGACCUGUCAUCGCCGACGGAGCCAAUGCCUUAUUCCUUCGAAGGGUUGGUGAGGGGGAGAAGGAACGGUGGCGGAGUAGAGAAAGUGGUGGAGAGGAGGCAGAGGAGGAUGAUCAAGAACAGGGAGUCCGCGGCGAGAUCCCGCGCGCGCAAGCAGGCUUACACAUUGGAAUUGGAAGCUGAAGUUCAGAAACUCAAGGAGAUGAACAAGGAAUUGGAGAGGAAACAGGCAGAUAUCAUGGAAAUGCAGAAAAAUGAGGUAGAAGAAAUGAUAAAGGAUCCAUUUGGAAGAAGGAAGAGACUUUGCUUGCGAAGAACACUGACUGGUCCCUGGUGAUGACGAGUGGUCGAUGGCAUGCAAAUUCCCACCUUCAUCAGCGACUGUGCAUAAUUUAAUCUGUUGUAAACCAAUGGUGGACGAACUUGUGCUUGAUUAAUCUUCUAGUUUCAUUUUUCCUGCUAGCUGAUUCUGAGAAGGCUUCCAAAACUGACAUGUAGAUUAUGUGUAGACGAAUGAAGCUGUCAGAACAACUUCCUGUAAUCCUUGAGAAAACUUGUAUAGUGUUGUCUAGGUUUGUAUCAUGCUAGUCUUUCUAUCUAGUGUCCCACCCUAGAGACCAGACAUCUUGGAUGAGUUCAGAGGUCGAUUUAAGCAAGUCAUGGGGACCAAGAAUCAUACUGCAACCUGCCUGAUGACUAGCUAAGCUAGGUAGUAUGUAGCAAUAUCUGAUAUCUGUACCUGCUUCCUGAAGUAUGUAUUGUUAUCUAGUGUAUCUGAUAUCUAGCGUGUAAACUGUAAAGGAGUAUAAGCAGACCUAGUUCUCAAGAAAAAAAAGUAUAAGCAGACCUACUAAUUGCUUAUAAGCCUGUUACUUGUA